AGAAGAUACACAGAAGGUGAAUAAAGUAAAACAGGUUUAGGGAAAUAGUACAUUGCAUAGUUUACAUUGGAGUCCGAUCAUCUGCUAAAUGCGUAAGGCAACGAACUUUGUUGUUUUACAGGAUAUCCGAAAUGAGAGACAACGAGACAAAACAAUGAUGAUAUAUUUUGUAAAUUGUUCUUCACAGAAGAGCGUUUUCUUUACACUUUCAGUCAGAUAGCUGAAUGUCACUGUCUUUAUCGCACUUGAAUCUAGAAGACAAGUUCAAGUCAAGAAAGAAUUCCUAACCGAGUUCUUCCUGUUUGUGUGCGUUAUCUUUUCGAUAUUUUUUCUAGUCAGCCUGAAAACGUUUCAAUAUGGAUAAUUACACGAGAGUGAGGAAAAUCGGUGAGGGUGCUUUUGGAAAAGCAUUGUUAGUGAAAGCAAAAGCAACUGGAGGACAAUUUGUUAUCAAAGAAAUCAAUAUUGGAAAGAUGAGCCAGAAAGAAAGAGUAGAGUCGCGGAAAGAGGUUGCAGUACUGGCUCAGCUGAAGCAUCCAAACAUUGUGGCCUACAGGGAGUCUUUUGAGGAGACGGGCUGCUUGUUUAUCGUGAUGGACUUCUGUGCAGGAGGAGACCUUUAUGGACGGAUCAAUAAUCAGAGAGGACUGUUAUUUUCAGAAGACCAGGUAAUGAACUGGUUUGUGCAAACAUGCCUGGCUAUCAAACACAUCCAUGACAGGAAGAUCCUGCACAGAGACAUCAAGUCACAGAACAUAUUUCUGACAAGUGAUGGAAGGAUACAAAUUGGAGACUUUGGAAUUGCUAAAGUCUUGAACAGUACUGUAGAACUGGCUCGGACUUGUAUAGGUACACCAUACUACCUGUCUCCAGAGAUAGUUGAGAACAAGCCCUACAACAACAAGAGUGAUAUCUGGUCUUUAGGCUGUGUUCUCUAUGAACUGACUACACUGAAACACGCAUUCGAAGCUGGCAAUAUGAAAAACCUAGUACUGAAGAUCAUCAGAGGUUCGUACCCUCCGAUUCCACCCAAGUACAGCUAUGAACUGAGAGGCCUGAUUGCCCAGCUGUUCAAGAGAGCUCCAAGAGACCGUCCAUCAAUAAACUCCAUUCUCAAGAAGAAUUUCAUCAUAACAAGAGUUAGAAAUUUGUUAACAGAAGAGAAAAUGGCAGAGGAGUUCAGCCACACCCUUUUACACGGACAGAAAAUAGCUCGUGCCUUACCCCCACCACCGAGGCCUGCUUCAGCUGGACCUAAAAGGGCUGCUCCAUCACCUAGACCUGGCUCUGCAGCAGGGCGGUACAACCCAGCUGCUGUGUAUGGAGUUCCUCUAGCACGGAAGUCCAAGGAAGUCCGACCUGACCUGAAGAAGAAGAAUGCCAGUGGAGGAAAGAUCAUCCCAGGACAGCAGGACUGGGAGAAGAGGAGACAGGACUUGCUUCAGAAGGAGAAUAAGAGACGAGAAGACAUGAAGAAAAGGGAGCAGGAGAUGUAUGCCAGACAACACAAGGACCUUGUAGAGAGACAGAAGAUGGCUCGUAUGAACAAGGCACGAGAGGAGGGAUGGAAGGGCCUCAUUGACUCAGCAGGGUCUGAGGACAACAAUCCCCCACAAGCUGCUCCUAAACCUGCUCCCAGACCUCUGCCAAGGCCUGCUGUGAUUCGCCCUGACGACAACAAGGUUCCCCUGAAGGAUCGAGGCAACUACGACCAGUACAAUGCCUACCUCAACAGGAUCCAGGAUGACAGAAAUGCCCGAGUCCAUGACGCCCCACCUGUUCCAGCACCGAGACAGAAUCCAGAGAACUACAUGGCUGCACCAAGACCUGGUCAGCAGUAUGGUCAGAACAAGGCCGAUCGAGACUACAUCAACAGGGCGUUACAGCGAGGCCCCAAUGUCGUCAACAAUCACGUAAAACAGGCAGAGGAAAACAGACGAGCUGCAGCACAGGCCUCUGAGAGAGCAAGACUUGCUGAGGAGUUUGUUAACAGGAAGAGAGAAGCAGCUUUAAACAAACGGAGGGGACAUGCACAGUUGUAUGGGUACACACCUCCUGCUACACCUAUCUCCCGACCUGGCUCUGCAAAGGGAGCCAGGCCAGCUGGAGGGGCAGCCAAUGCCAGGAACAGGGAAGAACAGGAGUACCUGGAGAAGCUGAGACAGAUCCGGGAACAGAACAUGAGGGAACGGCGAAAGUUACAAGGAAAAGAAGAAAGGCCACCAAGUGGUCAAAGUGAACAGGAGGCCAGAAAAAAGAAGAUGGAGGCUUUAAGGAAGCAGGCUGACGAGUGGAGCCAGAAGAAGAAGGAAGAGUUGGACAAGGAGAAGCAGCAGAUCAUGAAGAGAAUGAAGGAGAGAGAGGAUUAUAUGAAACAAAGAGAAGAGCAGAGAGCUAGAGAAAACAGACCAUUCACACCCAAAGUGAACUUGAAGCCUGUGGCAGCAGUUCCAAUCACGGGGGCUCUACAUGCAAUAGGGGCGGUCGAAGAGAAGGAGUCCCCAGAAAGACCUAAGAGCGCUAAGCAGCAGAAAAAGGAUGAAAUACUGAAGCGAUUAAAUGAUAAGGGUCAAGGUCGGAGUCAGUGGGAAAACCCUUCUACCCCCUGACCUUGCAAUACAGGAAGAGGAUGAUGGGUCAGAAAGUGCAAGGUCGAAAUGGGGUGAAGCUGAGAAAGGUCAACUGGCCAAUCUACCCCUCGAAC